AUGGGUUCAGCAGGUGGAGCCCUGAUUCAGUAAACUGGUUUACUGUUCCUGAAAUGAGAUGAACGUGAGAUUGACAGAGCCGCUCAAAAACAGCUCCGCUUCAACAAUGCGUUAGUUAGACAGAUGAAGUUAACAAGUCUCGCUUACUUUUUAGUCUUGUCUUCAAUUAUAGACGCGCAUCGCUGAGGCGUGUGUAUGUGUGUGAGAGAAGUUAACCAUAUAUAUUUUUUUUUAGAGUUGUCAAGAUAUUUCAUUAGCCUGUAUCAAGAACCUUUUUGUCAAGUGUGCUGUUGGACCAUUUAAGAGGAACACAUGAAUCGCAAAAUUGGUGCACAUGUUGCUCACUUGUUGCAUUUUAUUCGCAAAUUAAUAUCAGUGUGGAAGACUUCAUUCGUCAAGAUGGUAGAAAACGGAUCGCAAAUGUGUCAAAUAGCCUAGUGACUGAGAUGGACAUAUAGAAUCUGGAACUGAAAUAGAGACAGAUGGACCUGAAAUACGUUUUUCGACAGUAACAGUGGAUGUGCAAGUUCCUUGCUAGGCUUCGUCACCACUCCGGACAGAGUGGCCCAUGGACCUGCGUACCCAGAGGUUGGUGCGUCCCGAGCCUGACUCGGUUAUGCUGGCACCCCACCACUCCCUCUUCCUGGGAGCCCAGGACUCCCAGAAGCACCUGCCACAGCAUAUCCACUACGAGUACGACAUGGAGCAGAGUCGCCAGGAGAAAGAGCAGGACAAGAGACAGGAACUGCAGCAGCUGAUGUAUAAGGAUAAGCGUGAGCAAAGUGCUGUGGCCAGUCCCCUGGUGAAACAGAAACUCAGAAGUCAAAUCCUGAAGAGGACGGAGCAGGCCGCCCUGGAGACGACCGCCUCCAAUCCCACCAGAAACACGCCCAGGAGUUACAGGGAACUGGCCCCAGAUCCUGACAUGCCCCCAAAGCCUCACAUGGUGACCCCUGUUGUCCAUCAUCCACCAUGUGACCAACGCAAGAACUCACCCCUCAGAAGAACAGCUUCUGAUCCCCUCCUGAAGGUGAGAAGUAAACUGAAGAAGCACAUCAACUCCAGGCAGAACCCUCUCCAACGCAAGACCAGCACCCUGCCCACAAUCAAGCCCAGAAUGCCGGAUACUCUGGACUCCUCCCCCAGCAGCAGUACAUGUAGCACUCCAGUGUCUGGGUGCAGCUCGCCCAAUGACAGCCUUCUCUCGGACAGCCCACUUACUACCGGACUAACCCACGUGGCUCAGAGGUUGCUACUCCAGGAUGGUACGCUGGCCCACUUCAUGGUGCCCUGCUCCACUGCCCUGCCGAGCAUCAGCACCGGGCUUCCUGGCCAUGGUGAUUGGGAAACGGGUAGUUAUCAGAGGGUGGCCAGGGUACUGCCCCAGGUCUACCUGCCCAUGGAGAGACACAGUGCUGCCCACCAUCACCUCCAGCCCAUGUUCAUCCUGGAGCCCUCAGGACUGCUGCAUACACAGCUAGUCACUGUGCGAGGUCUGAACCCAGGCCUUAUCCAGUACCCCUCCUCCAGACUGGAAGCCCUGGCCACCUUGGGUCCCCACAGGCCCCUGGGUCGGACCCGGUCUGAGCCCCCACUGCCCUCUCACCAGCAGCACCAGCUACUGCAGCAGAACCACAAUCUGCUGCUGGAGAGACUCAAACAAAACACACACCUGGACCAGCCUCGUCUUACACAGAUCUCCUCGGAGGACAUGGACCCAGCGGAGAUCAGGUUAGGGGAGGAGGAUGGAUAUCAGAGAAGUAGACAGAGUGGAACCAGCAGCUCUGAGUCAAUGUGGGACACAGAGUAUACAUCCUCACGAGACAGCCAUGGGGAACAUAGCAGGAAAUACACACCUCUGGUGAAUCAGUCAUUCUAUUGGGAGCAGUCCAGGCACCUUCAGGUCCUGACAGAAAGGCACAGACAGGUGACCUACCUUGACCCCCUGGGUGUGCCUGUGGUUCUUGGCCCUUCCCACCGCCCCCUUGACCGCGCAAAGUCCUCCCCUGCCUCCACCUCUCUUCCCCCUCCUCCGCAGCCCACAGACACCCCGCUGUCUCUGGCCAGCACUGGUCCAGAGACCCCCACCAAGCUACGAUUCACCACUGGUCUGGUGUAUGACUCUCAGAUGCUAAAGCACCAGUGCACCUGUGGCGACAACAGCCGACACCCAGAGCAUGCUGGGAGAAUCCAGAGCAUCUGGUCCAGAUUGCAAGAAAGUGGCCUCAGGAACCAGUGUGAGUGUAUCCGUAGCAGGAAGGCCUCUCUGGAGGAGCUUCAGUCUGUACACUCCGAGAAGCACGUCCUGCUGUAUGGCACCAACCUACUCCAUCGUCUCAAACUGGACAACCGCAAGCUGGCUGGGAUCUUAUCUCAAAGGAUGCGUGUGAUGCUACGAUGUGGAGGAGUUGGGGUGGACAAUGAUACGAUCUGGAACGAGAUGCACACAUCAACGGCGUCUCGCUUGGCAGCAGGCAGCGUGACGGAGCUUGCACUCAGGGUGACACAGGGAGAGCUGAAGAAUGGCUUUGCAGUGGUGAGGCCCCCUGGACAUCAUGCAGCCCACUCUACCGCCUUGGGUUUCUGCUUCUUCAACUCCGUGGCCAUCGCAGCCAAGCAGCUCCAGCACAAACUCGGCGUCAGCAAGAUCCUCAUUGUGGACUGGGAUGUUCACCAUGGGAACGGUACCCAGUCGGUCUUCUACAACGACCCCAGCGUGCUGUACAUCUCCCUGCAUCGCUAUGACAACGGCAAAUUCUUCCCCGGUAGCGGGGACCCAGCUGAGGUGGGAGUAGGAGCAGGUGAGGGCUUCAAUGUCAACGUGGCGUGGACGGGAGGCUUGGACCCCCCCAUGGGCGACGCAGAAUACUUAGCAGCAUUCAGGACUGUGGUGAUGCCGAUUGCCUAUGAGUUCUGUCCUGACGUGGUGCUGGUCUCAUCUGGUUUCGAUGCCGUCGAGGGACAUCUGGCGCCACUGGGGGGCUACAAAGUGUCAGCCAAGUGUUUUGGUUUUCUAACACGGCAGCUGAUGGGGCUGGCAGGGGGCCGGGUUGUCAUGGCGCUGGAGGGGGGUCACGAGCUCACGGCCAUCUGCAAUGCCUCUGAGGCCUGUGUCAGGGCCCUGCUGGGCAUCCAGGAACCCCUGUCUGAAGCAGUCCUAGAGAGGAGACCCUGUCCCAACGCUGUCCUCUCUCUGCAGAGAGUCAUCCAGGCCCAGGGUGAGUACUGGCGGUCGUUGAGGGUGGUGGCCCACACAGUGGAUCAGUCAUACAUGCAGGCCCAAGGACACAGUCUGAGACGUGGCUCAGAGGACCACAAUGACACCGUCUCUGCCCUGGCCUCUCUCUCCAUGGCCAGCCUCACCACAAACAGGACACAACCAGAUGAACUUAUGGAGGGGGACAGAGACUCCAUGUAGACAAGUGCACUUUCCAACAAACCUAACACACACACACACACACACACAUACACACACACACACACACACACACACACACACACACACACACACACACACACACACACACACACACACACACACACACACACACACACACACACACACACACACACACACACACACACACACACACACACACACACACACACACACUGUGAUCCACUCAGCCCUGCUUCACUUGACCAGAAUCCACUGUCUCCAGUUGACACUGUACAGACCAUAUCCUGACCACUAUAGGCAAACCGAGUAGCUUCCGCCUCACACACUCUUACACCUCAUCACAACACAGUUCUACUGGCCUUACUACGACCACUCGCUUGAUUCGACCGCAUCUCAACCGCACACUGAUAACACAUCCCAUUAACAGGGUACAGGAGGACCAAGAGAGAGGAGAAUGAACACUGUCUUCAUGACAUGCCUCUGCAUGCCUCCCUCGUGUGUAACAUUGUGAACUGUGAGGACACAGAAGGAGAGGAGUAGAAGACCUGAGCAUAAACUGGAGGGGGGAAAGAUAUACCAUUAUAAACACCACCAGGGGGGAGGGGUUGAGACUUGACUUGUAGCAUGAAGUGACUUGACAAAGACCAGCUACAUGACUGGCUGUAAGCAGAGUCUCUCUGGGGAAGUGAGCUUCUUGUUUAGCCUUCGGUUACAGCUGCACAUCGCCAGGCCGACAGAACCGAAUCACACAGAGAAGUAGGAAGUAGUCCCACGUCCCCACAGAAGUUACUAUGAAGGAGAACAGACAUCGCACCCUCACCGGGGGGACACUUAUCUCUUAUUGAUAAUGUCAUUUGAAUUUAUGUGACGCCAACAAAAUGAAGAAAAAGAAAGAUGACUGGGAAUUUUGUUCUGACUUUUUUUGCACUGUGUAUUUUGUAAUGUGAACCAAAGAGAGAAUGACAGUAUGGACCUGGGAUUGACAAUACAACAUGUAAAUUAUCAUACUCAUGUUUUUAAGCUGAUUUAAAUAUUGUAAGUUUGAUUUAUUGCGUAUUGUAUAUCAAAUGUCAAUACAUAAUGGUCAUGUUUUUUAAGUAGCAAAUAGAGAAGGCCUAGAACCCUGUGAUUCAGAGAUUUUCUAGUUGUUUUUCUUCCAAUGCAAAAGUGGGGUGUAAGACUCCCUCUCAGACAGCACUUAAGGAAAAGAUGAAAAGGUAUUAUUUAUAUCUCAAGUUGAUGGCAUCCUCAUUCUUUGUCAUUCUAAUGAUAACAUUUAUUAGGAAAUGAAUCCAAUGACUCACUGUGACAAUUCAGGAAACCACUUGUUAGUGAGAGAGGAGUCAGAUUAAACAGAGUCAGAAUAAACGUUCCAAAGGUGUUUCAGGCAAGGACACACACACCGCCAUACGGUCCUACUCUACGCUCCGCCACUCACAAAGUGUUUAUGCAUGUGUAUGUAAAUCACCGCAUUUACAUGUUGUCAGCAGGGUAUUUCAACGUAAUGAAGGUAAAAUACAACUAAUGUUGCUGGGUUCAAGGCAGAUUAAUAACACAGUUGAACUGACUUCAUAGUCUUAAACUCUGACUGGCACUUAAAAGCUGUCUGUUGACUUCACGGGACUCAAACAAAACACAAAUGCACUUACAAUGUCUUAAAUGUUGUGAUUGUGUUUUAGUAAAAUGGCACAUUUUUGACAUGUCUAUUCCACUCUGACAAUAUGCCUUUGUUUUAUUGUUGUUCUGUUGUGAUUGUGUUUUAGUAAAAUGGCACAUUUUUGACAUGUCUAUUCCACUCUGACAAUAUGCCUUUGUUUUAUUGUUGUUCUGUUGGGAUUUCACAAAGACCCGUUUUUUAACAUGUGGAUUUAUUGACAUGCCUGUUGUAUUUUGUAGGCUGUAUUUUUUUAAUGCUUAGUUUUCUACUAUGAAAGACAAGUGAACAAGGAUUUUUUCAUAUCAGAUUAUCUACCACUCGAUUUACAAAAAAAAGUAAGUUAUUUUUGUUCCUGGACCAUACUGCAGUUAGCAUAUCAUGUUUGAAGUUAGCACUUAGUUGUUGGAGUCAGCUUGUUAAAUUCUACAUACUAUAGUCAGUCAGCUUGUUAAGUUCUACAUACUAUAGUCAGUCAGCUUGUUAAGUUCUACAUACUAUAGUCAGUCAGCUUGUUAAGCUGGCUGACUAUAGUAUGUAGAACAAUUGAGCACAGUUUGAGAGAAGACAAAAGUUAAAAGCCUUCUGUGAACAGCAUCCCAUUCGUAAAGUGGUAUGGCCUCUGAACAUAACUUCAAAGACUUUUGUGAAUUCCUGAUUGUUAUUUGUAUUUAAACAGAGGUUUUUGUUCUUAAUAUUUAAAAAAUAUGGAUUAAAAAACUGCUUACAUUUCUUGUUAGCACUUUCCAUUAAAUAAUGAUUUAUUUGUUACCCAUGUAAUGUUAUUGCAGUGCCUUGCUUAUGUAUCGUGUUAAAAAUAUAUAUUUAUCUCACAGUGCUACAGAUUAAUUUGUACUAUAAUGUUAUAUUGUUCAAGUACUUUUUGGUGCUUUAUGAUAUACAUUAUAGAACCAAUACUUUACAUGACAAGACCCUGCAAGAGGUAUAUGGUAUUUGACAUUGACAUGGUGAAAAGGUGAUAAUUGAUAAUGAAACAAUACAUUUGAUUAUGAUGAUGUGGAAGAAAAUGGCCACCAUGUAUUAUUCAUUUUCUUUCAGAAGAGUUCUGUGUUAUAUUUUAUCCUGGUUUAGGUUUAUUUCUGCUUUAAUUAAGUACUUUUGAGAACACUGUUAUCUGUUUUCCUCAAUAAAAGGGAAAUAGAGUUUUCUCAGCAUACUUUU